AUGUCUGGCGGUGACGAGCAGGGUUUUGAUGUCCGGUAUCGCGACCCUCCGUUUGGGCGACAAUCGUCGGCCCCGGCAUUUGGCCAAUCUGCCAAUGGUCACACUACCACUUCUUUAGAUGACUCGCCGACCGUCUCUUUCUCCCCCUCAGGCACAAUCAUCGACCACGUAUUCUCCGCUACCGUCGGGCUUCAUUCGACCCCAUAA